AAUUAAAAUAAUUAUAAAAUGAAGUUAACAAAGACGGUUCUAGAAUUUUUAAAAAAAUAUUGUACAGGGACUAAUGAUGUAGUCAAAUCAUCAAAAAAUUUAAAAGAUAUGAAAACUAUGAAUGAAAUAUCAGUUUUUAAAACUAUUACAAAUGAUGAUAUACUUAAUUUCUCAAAAUUAACUAGUGAUUACAAUACAGUACAUACUGGUUCUGCAAAUAAUCUUGUACAUGGCGCUCUUCUUAAUGGUUACCUAUCAGCAGUAAUUGGUACAAAAUUACCAGGUCCAGGAACAUUAGUACUAGAACAAAGUAACAGAUACCCAAAACCAUGUUAUGCUGGAGAUGAAAUAGAAUUUAAAGUGCGAAUUGUUUCUAUGAGGAAGAUUAUUACAUGCGAAUAUAUUUGUAUUGCAAAUAGAGAAAAAGUAGUUUUAAUAGGAGAUGCAAAACUUAUGAAAAAAUCAUGAAAUAUUAAUGCUCUAUUUUACAAUCAUGGUCUUUAUUAAAAGAAAAUGUUGUUUGUUAUAUUUGUUCAUGUUUCAAGAUUUUGUAUGUUUAUAAAUAAAAAGCAAAUCAUCUUAUAAAAAGAA